AAUGCGUGUUCCUACCAUCUCCAUUACUUCCACGUCUGACUCCCAAUUCACAAAGAAUCAUGUGGUAGAUGUCGGAGAGGAAGAGAAGCUAAGCCAUGAGUGCAAAGAAUUGCUGCUGUCAGUUCCCAGAGAGAGAGGUUGGAGAACUCCUUAUAUCUAUCAAUUUCAGGGAUUUUGGUGCCAGCCAAAGCAGAUCCAAGCCAUUUUGUCUUUCCAUAAACACUUCCAAGCAAGAGACAGUGAUGUAAUUGUAGCCACAGUACCAAAAUCAGGCACCACAUGGCUUAAAGCUUUGUCUUUUGCCAUCUUGAACCGCAACCGAUUUCCACCAUUCUCAAAUAACCAUCCCUUGCUUGUUUCCAAUCCUCAUGAUCUCGUUCCUUUCUUUGAGUACAAAGUUUAUACAAACAACCAGGUCCCUGACCUCUCAAUAAUCCCCCACCCUAGACUCUUUGCUACCCAUAUUCCAUUUGCAUCUUUGCAUGAAUCCAUCAAGAGUUCCAAGUGCAAAAUUGUUUAUGUAUGUAGAAACCCUUUUGACACUUUCGUCUCCUCGUGGGUUUUCAUUGACAAGGUGAAGCCAGAAACUCUUCCUCCCUUGUCAUUAGAGGAAGCUUUCAACAUGUAUUGCAAUGGGGUUGUUGGGUUUGGUCCAUUUUGGGACCAUAUGUUGGGAUACUGGAGGGAGAGCCUGGAAAGACCAGACAAGGUGCUCUUCUUGAAGUAUGAGGACCUGAAACAAGACAUUGCGUUUCAGUUGAAGAAGCUAGCCAAGUUUCUUGGCUGCCCUUUUUCAAUGGAAGAAGAGAAGGGAGGUGUAGUUGAAGACAUAGCCAAGCUUUGUAGCUUUGAGAAGUUGAAGAAUUUGGAGGUGAACGUAUCAGGCAAGUCCAUCUUGAACUUUGAAAAUAGGCACUUGUUUAGGAAAGGUGAGGUUGGAGAUUGGUUGAAUUAUUUAUCUCCUUCAAUGGUGAAGCAGUUGAGCCAAGUGAUGGAGGAAAAAUUAGGUGGCUCUGGUCUUGAAUUCAAGGUGGUUUCCUAGGAUGCACGGAGCCAUGUUUGGGUAGCUGCUUGCCACUUCUAUUUGGGAAUUAAGUCAUGUGGAUUAUGGUGUAGAUCGACGUCUUCUACUAUCAUAUA